AUGGCCGGUGGGGUGUCUGGUGCAGUGAGGCACAGUCAGCCAAUUCUGGCUAGGUUGCACGAUCUCAAAUGUAUGAGGGAUCGAAAGAGGAGUAGUAAUCUGCUCCAAGUGGCCGAUGGCAGAACGAAAAUAGACAGGCUGUGCAGUGGCCUGACUGGCAAGCUGCUUUUGAGUGCGACCGUGGCCUCGCGAUGUGCUCGCUUACUGGAGAACCGUCUUCGGCCGCUGGUCUACCAAUGGUCAUCAAUGUAUGCAAAGCGUGGUCUCAUGACUCUCAUCAUUACACGCUUUCUGGGUGGCAGCACUCUCAGCGAGAUUGUUGUAGAUCUUAUCCUAGCACGGCCCGUCGCUCUAAAUGGUCCCCAAGCAUCUUGUAGUCAAUCUAGAGAAUCACUCGGCGAACUUCAGGGUUUUGGGUCGUGGUCAGCAUCGCUCGGGCUCAAUUUGGAUCUCGUCAAGUUGCAUAGCCGAUGGACUGCGAUUGCCGCUCGAACGAAAUCAUCAGCUUGUGCGGGUGAGAAUCAGUCGCUUGCGCCACAGCAGAAUCGUAUGUUCCGCUUCCGAAUGCGCUCUAUCCUGGCUAAUGGGAACGCUUGCCAACCGGUUUGCUGCGUUCGCCAUAUCGUUGAUUUCUCCGUAAACCACCCGACGCUAGAGCAUGCGAAGAUAUGCAAGGUACUUCAGGGAGUGCGUGCUAACGUCUUGAUGCAUGUCUUGUCGAUGUGCCACCUCGGCGAGGCUCGGACUCUGGGACUCUGGGACCAACGUGGGACAUUCUUCGGCUACGUGCUGCCGUGUAUUCUGGGCAGGAGAUCAGCGGUCAACCAGAGUGAUCUGCCAAAUGCGCCGGGAAUCGGUACCUCCACUGUCGGAUUCCAGCUACACCUCGGACGCUGCCCCGUACCAACAAUCAUUGAUGGUUGA